UGCAUAUUUUUGCAGAAGUUGUUUCGAUCCGUUUAACGAACAAGGACUAAUAAGAAGAGAUUUAAAUUUGAGCUUUCACGGGGCAGAGGUUUUAAAACAGUUAACACAGAUACCAAAGGGCUUAAAGAUGGUGAAUUCACUGGCAAGUGUUGGGGUCAUGCACUCAUCUGUGUGUAGCAGUUACAAGUUUGAUUCACCGGCUUCAGUGCCUUCGUCGCCAGCUCAAGCAAAGAAAAAGCACAAGAGACGGGGACCAAGACUUACAGGAGUCAGUAAACAAAGAAAGACAGCAAACGCAAGAGAGAGGAAUAGAGUACAAGCUAUCAACUGCGCCUUUGAGACUUUACGCGAUUUAAUACCUCUACUUCCAACAGAGAAACGGCCAUCUAAGAUAGAAACAGUACGACUGGCUGCACUUUAUAUUCAUCAUCUCACAGAACUGUUGAAAAACAAUCGACAAUGUGAGUCGACUUUAACGAAGCCUCAAGGAAAAAGCGACGCGUACUUAGUUACAGUGAAAGAGGAAAGUUCUUCUGAUUCAGAUUUUUGAAACUAAAAUUUGACAUACAGUAAACUUGCUGCGAUCUAAAAUUUUCUUCAGUCUUGAAGAGUUUAAGUAAGACAACAACAGUGACGACAAUUUCAUUUGUCCUCAAUUUUACCUUUCCAUAAUGGAAACAUUCUAAACCACGCUACUGUGGAAUGUAAGGGUAUUCUGCAUUCUAUGCAGAUAAUAGCGGAUGCGCGAACCUCUGCGAAGAUAAUCAGACCCUUAGGCGUGCAGGUUUUUCAGUUAAAACAGGUUCAUUUAGAAUGAAAAGAAACU